AUGCCGAUCACCCACGUUGUUUUCUUUCAGUUUAAAGCGGGUAUUAGCCCCGAAAUUAUCAAAGAUGUUUGCAGUCGAAUGUUGGCCCUAAAGGAUAACUGCCUUCACCCUUCGUCUCAGAAACCCUACAUCAGGACGUCAUCUGGUGGCAUAGAUAAUUCUCCUGAGGGUAUCCAGCAUGGCAUCACACAUGCUUUUGUAGUUGAGUUCACGAAUUCCGUAGACCGAGACUACUAUGUCAAGGAGGAUCCUAUUCAUCAAGAAUUCGUUAAGAGCCUUGGUGGGGUUAUUGAGAAGGCGCAGGCCAUUGACUUCAUUCCGGGGGUAUUUUGA